AUGGCCCAGGGAGUGGCGGCUGACUGCCUGACCGGGAGCCUCAGGUUCCUGAACCGCCUGGACCACCUGCGUGGUUACCCCACGUACCUGGGCCAAAAGGGGUACAAGAGCACCACGAUGAAGAACAUGAUUACCAAUGUAAUCAUGUUCCUGCGCCAUGUGAGCAAGCGCUUCCCGCGCCAGACCCGCCUGAGGCCCGCUGAAGCCUCUAACAUCGAAUAUGAGCUUCAGCGGAUCCAGCGGGAAGUGCUUGUUCACAGGCAAAAGGUCCUAAAGAAACAGUCAGGCCCUCGCUCACGUCUCUCUCUCCAAGCCCUCGCUCACGCCGCUCUCUCCAAGCCCUCGCUCACGCCGCUCUCUCCAAGCCCUCGCUCACGUCUCUCUCUCCAGGCCCUCGCUCACAGCGCUCUCUCCAAGCCCUCGCUCACGUCUCUCUCUCCAGGCCCUCGCUCACGUCUCUCUCUCCGUGGCCCUCGCUCACACCGCUCUCUCCAAGCCCUCGCUCACGUCUCUCUCUCCGUGGCCCUCGCUCACGCCGCUCUCUCCAGGCCCUCGCUCACACCGCUUUCUCCAAGCCCUCGCUCACGCCGCUCUCUCCAAGCCCUCGCUCACGCCGCUCUCUCCAAGCCCUCGCUCACGUCUCUCUCUCCAGGCCCUCGCUCACGCCGCUCUCUCCAGGCCCUCGCUCACGCCGCUCUCUCCAAGCCCUCGCUCACAGCGCUCUCUCCAAGCCCUCGCUCACGUCUCUCUCUCCAAGCCCUCGCUCACGCCGCUCUCUCCAAGCCCUCGCUCACGCCGCUCUCUCCAAGCCCUCGCUCACGUCUCUCUCUCCAGGCCCUCGCUCACGCCGCUCUCUCCAGGCCCUCGCUCACGCCGCUCUCUCCAAGCCCUCGCUCACAGCGCUCUCUCCAAGCCCUCGCUCACCCCUCGCUCACACCGCUCUCUCCAAGCCCUCGCUCACGCCGCUCUCUCCAAGCCCUCGCUCACACCGCUCUCUCCAAGCCCUCGCUCACACCGCUCUCUCCAAGCCCUCGCUCACGCCGCUCUCUCCAAGCCCUCGCUCACGCCGCUCUCUCCAGGCCCUCGCUCACAGCGCUCUCUCCAAGCCCUCGCUCACGUCUCUCUCUCCAAGCCCUCGCUCACACCGCUCUCUCCAGGCCCUCGCUCACGUCUCUCUCUCCAAGCCCUCGCUCACGCCGCUCUCUCCAAGCCCUCGCUCACGCCGCUCUCUCCAAGCCCUCGCUCACGUCUCUCUCUCCAGGCCCUCGCUCACGCCGCUCUCUCCAGGCCCUCGCUCACGCCGCUCUCUCCAAGCCCUCGCUCACACCGCUCUCUCUAAGCCCUCGCUCACACCGCUCUCUCCAGGCCCUCGCUCACACCGCUCUCUCCAAGCCCUCGCUCACGCCGCUCUCUCCAAGCCCUCGCUCACACCGCUCUCUCCAAGCCCUCGCUCACACCGCUCUCUCCAAGCCCUCGCUCACGCCGCUCUCUCCAAGCCCUCGCUCACGCCGCUCUCUCCAGGCCCUCGCUCACAGCGCUCUCUCCAAGCCCUCGCUCACGUCUCUCUCUCCAGGCCCUCGCUCACGUCUCUCUCUCCGUGGCCCUCGCUCACACCGCUCUCUCCAAGCCCUCGCUCACGUCUCUCUCUCCGUGGCCCUCGCUCACGCCGCUCUCUCCAGGCCCUCGCUCACACCGCUUUCUCCAAGCCCUCGCUCACGCCGCUCUCUCCAAGCCCUCGCUCACGCCGCUCUCUCCAAGCCCUCGCUCACGUCUCUCUCUCCAGGCCCUCGCUCACGCCGCUCUCUCCAGGCCCUCGCUCACGCCGCUCUCUCCAAGCCCUCGCUCACAGCGCUCUCUCCAAGCCCUCGCUCACCCCUCGCUCACGUCUCUCUCUCUAAGCCCUCGCUCACACCGCUCUCUCCAAGCCCUCGCUCACGCCGCUCUCUCCAAGCCCUCGCUCACACCGCUCUCUCCAAGCCCUCGCUCACACCGCUCUCUCCAAGCCCUCGCUCACGCCGCUCUCUCCAAGCCCUCGCUCACGCCGCUCUCUCCAAGCCCUCGCUCACAGCGCUCUCUCCAAGCCCUCGCUCACGUCUCUCUCUCCAAGCCCUCCGCUCACGUCUCUCUCUCCAAGCCCUCGCUCACACCGCUCUCUCCAGGCCCUCGCUCACGUCUCUCUCUCCAAGCCCUCGCUCACGCCGCUCUCUCCAAGCCCUCGCUCACGCCGCUCUCUCCAAGCCCUCGCUCACGUCUCUCUCUCCAGGCCCUCGCUCACACCGCUCUCUCCAAGCCCUCGCUCACGCCGCUCUCUCCAAGCCCUCGCUCACGUCUCUCUCUCCAGGCCCUCGCUCACGCCGCUCUCUCCAGGCCCUCGCUCACGCCGCUCUCUCCAAGCCCUCGCUCACACCGCUCUCUCUAAGCCCUCGCUCACACCGCUCUCUCCAGGCCCUCGCUCACACCGCUCUCUCCAAGCCCUCGCUCACGCCGCUCUCUCCAAGCCCUCGCUCACACCGCUCUCUCCAAGCCCUCGCUCACACCGCUCUCUCCAAGCCCUCGCUCACGCCGCUCUCUCCAAGCCCUCGCUCACGCCGCUCUCUCCAGGCCCUCGCUCACAGCGCUCUCUCCAAGCCCUCGCUCACGUCUCUCUCUCCAAGCCCUCGCUCACGCCGCUCUCUCCAAGCCCUCGCUCACACCGCUCUCUCCAGGCCCUCGCUCACACCGCUCUCUCUAAGCCCUCGCUCACGUCUCUCUCUCCAAGCCCUCGCUCACACCGCUCUCUCUAAGCCCUCGCUCACACCGCUCUCUCCAGGGCCUCGCUCACGCCGCUCUCUCCAAGCCCUCGCUCACACCGCUCUCUCCAAGCCCUCGCUCACACCGCUCUCUCUAAGCCCUCGCUCACACCGCUCUCUCCAGGGCCUCGCUCACGUCUCUCUCUCCAGGCCCUCGCUCACGUCUCUCUCUCCGUGGCCCUCGCUCACACCGCUCUCUCCAAGCCCUCGCUCACGCCGCUCUCUCCAGGCCCUCGCUCACACCGCUUUCUCCAAGCCCUCGCUCACGCCGCUCUCUCCAAGCCCUCGCUCACGCCGCUCUCUCCAAGCCCUCGCUCACGUCUCUCUCUCCAGGCCCUCGCUCACACCGCUCUCUCCAAGCCCUCGCUCACGCCGCUCUCUCCAAGCCCUCGCUCACACCGCUCUCUCCAGGCCCUCGCUCACGUCUCUCUCUCCAAGCCCUCGCUCACGCCGCUCUCUCCAAGCCCUCGCUCACGCCGCUCUCUCCAAGCCCUCGCUCACGUCUCUCUCUCCAGGCCCUCGCUCACACCGCUCUCUCCAAGCCCUCGCUCACGCCGCUCUCUCCAAGCCCUCGCUCACGCCGCUCUCUCCAAGCCCUCGCUCACGUCUCUCUCUCCAGGCCCUCGCUCACACCGCUCUCUCCAAGCCCUCGCUCACGUCUCUCUCUCCAAGCCCUCGCUCACGUCUCUCUCUCCAAGCCCUCGCUCACACCGCUCUCUCCAAGCCCUCGCUCACACCGCUCUCUCCAAGCCCUCGCUCACGCCGCUCUCUCCAAGCCCUCGCUCACGUCUCUCUCUCCAAGCCCUCGCUCACACCGCUCUCUCCAAGCCCUCGCUCACGCCGCUCUCUCCAAGCCCUCGCUCACGCCGCUCUCUCACGCCACUCUCUCCAAGCCCUCGCUCACGCCGCUCUCUCCAGGGCCUCGCUCACGUCUCUCUCUCCAAGCCCUCGCUCACACCGCUCUCUCCAAGCCCUCGCUCACGCCGCUCUCUCCAAGCCCUCGCUCACGCCGCUCUCUCCAAGCCCUCGCUCACGCCGCUCUCUCACGUCUCUCUCUCCAAGCCCUCGCUCACACCGCUCUCUCCAAGCCCUCGCUCACGCCGCUCUCUCCAAGCCCUCGCUCACACCGCUCUCUCCAAGCCCUCGCUCACGCCGCUCUCUCCAAGCCCUCGCUCACACCGCUCUCUCCAAGCCCUCGCUCACGUCUCUCUCUCCAAGCCCUCGCUCACGUCUCUCUCUCCAAGCCCUCGCUCACACCGCUCUCUCCAAGCCCUCGCUCACGCCGCUCUCUCCAAGCCCUCGCUCACGCCGCUCUCUCCAAGCCCUCGCUCACGCCGCUCUCUCCAAGACCUCGCUCACGCCGCUCUCUCACGCCACUCUCUCCAAGCCCUCGCUCACGCCGCUCUCUCCAGGGCCUCGCUCACACCGCUCUCUCCAGGCCCUCGCUCACGCCGCUCUCUCCAAGCCCUCGCUCACACCGCUCUCUCCAAGCCCUCGCUCACGUCUCUCUCUCCAAGCCCUCGCUCACGCCGCUCUCUCCAAGCCCUCGCUCACGCCGCUCUCUCACGUCUCUCUCUCCAAGCCCUCGCUCACACCGCUCUCUCCAAGCCCUCGCUCACGCCGCUCUCUCCAAGCCCUCGCUCACACCGCUCUCUCCAAGCCCUCGCUCACGCCGCUCUCUCCAAGCCCUCGCUCACGCCGCUCUCUCCAGGGCCUCGCUCACACCGCUCUCUCCAGGCCCUCGCUCACGCCGCUCUCUCCAAGCCCUCGCUCACGCCGCUCUCUCCAUGCACCCCAUGGUAGUGGCAGUGCCCCUUCUGAACGUUAG